AUGGCAUUUCAGGCUGGUAAGAAAUUUCUUCUUAAAGUGUCACCCAUAAAAGGGGUGAUGAGAUUUGGCAAGAAGGGCAAGCUUAGUCCUCGAUACAUUGGACCAUUUGAGAUCCUUGACUAUGUAGGGCCAGUGGCUUAUAGGUUGGCCUUACCUCCUAGCUUAUCUGGAUGUUCAUCCAGUGUUUCAUGUGUCCAUGUUGAAAGAAUUUUGUUAGACAAAGACCUUCAAUAUGAGGAGGAGCCGGUUGUAAUUCUUGAUCGCGACGUCCGGAAUGUGAGGACCAAGGAGAUAAAGUCCGUGAAGGUUCAAUGGAAGUAUCGUUCGGUUGAUGAAGCUACUUGUGAAACCGAGAAGGACAUGCGAGACAAAUAUCCCUAG